AUGGACACAUGUCAAUACACAAGUGUCAUACAGGACGGUCUCUGCGACAAGUUCAACCUGGCUUUUUCCAUCAACGUCUUCCGCCUGGUCUUAGUCAAGAUGAAAUCGCAAACGUCAUGUGAAACUUCUCGGGUAAAAACUCUCUUGAAGUCUAUAUGCGUUCUUAUUCUCAUAUUUGGAAUCUACCACCUGGUUUUCCUGCCGUUGGACUUGAUGGAGUCGCAACAUGCACAUUACGGCAUCGAACAACUUGAAAUGAUCAAACUCUAUUGUCGUCAUGUUAUGGAAGGACUUCAGGGAUUCUGUGCAGCCUUAAUCCUGUGCUUUAUGAAUAAAGAGGUUACGGCAGAACUCAAACGACGCUACCACCAGUCUCGCAUGCGUGGUGCAGUUUUGGAUACUCAUCGUCAGAGUCACCUUCUAGAAGCACGCGUACACCUGAACGAUGAUGGGACAACGGAGACAGUCAAACAAAGCAUAACUAAAUGGUCCCGAAAACCACUGUCCCGUACACUUCGACUCAGGCGACAUUCAUCCCCGUUUAAAAAGCCUUCAGGUCCCCGCAAGCCAUCAGCUUUGUGUUAUAGCACCAUUGUCAUUGUGGAGAACACGACAGCAAAGAAUAUGCUGAACGCACAACACAAUUUGUUAAGCGAAUACACGUUGCCAGACGAAUCUCACAGAGGCGAUCAUCAACAGGUAUCCAGUCAAGUAAGCAUAAUUCUGCCGGGAGACGAAGUACGAUACCAACCCCUGCACAUCCAGCCGCAGCAGACUCUGGAGCACCAG